CACCAGUGAAGAGUGGGCUCUGCUGGAUCCCACUCAGAGAGCCCUCUACUGGGAUGUCAUGCAGGAGAACUAUGAGAAUGUGACCUCACUGGGUAAGGGUUACUGUCCCCUCAGUUCUUGGAAGGGGAAAUGGAGAGAUAAGGUUUACGCCAGCCCCACAAUGCCACUUCUGCUCUGCCCAGUUUCAGCAUCACCCCAGUAUGCCAGUGACACAUGCACGACCAGAGACCCUCCCCUGCUGCAGAACACUUUGAGAACAGAGCACAGGAGCCGUAUCGCACAGUGUCAAAUAUCUCCUGCUUGCUUAAGUAAAACUGAGGGUUAAGUGCAGCAUAAUCAACAGAAGCCUCCUAGGGAUCACCAGAUGACAUUAAUAGGCAGCAGGUUUAAAGAAAAUAAAAGGAAGUUCUUCUUCACGCAGCACACAGUCAACUUGUGGAACUCCUUGCCUGAGGAGGUUAUGAAGGCUAGGACUAUAACUGUUUAAAAGAGAACUGGAUAAAUUCAUGGUGAUUAAGUCCAUGAAUGGAAUCCCUAGCCUCAGUUUGUCAGAGGAUGGAGAUGGAUGGUAGGAGAGAAGUCACUUGAUCAUUGCCUGUUCGGUUCACUCCCUCUGGGGCACCUGGCAUUGGCCACUGUCGGUAAACAGGAUACCGGGCUAGAUAGACCUUUGGAUCUGACCCAGUACGGCUGUUCUUAUGUAUGUGUGUGUGCAUUUGGUGCAAAGAGCUCCUGGCCCUCGAAGACGGUGUGGAGGCUUUGGAGGCCAGGGUGUUAGAAUUGGAGGAGCUAAGGGAGGCAGAGAAAUAUGUUGAUGAGGCUUUCUGGGACACUAUAGAAUUGUCCCAACUCUGGUCAGACAGCCCCCUGCACUGUUGAGGAGGAUGAAAGGCCCAGGGAAUGAGAGCAGUCAACGGGAGCAGAGGGAAAGCUUCUCGUAGUUGGGACCCUCCUUCCAGAUAGUGUUGGGGUAACCUCUUGCGCUGAGGUUACCUCACCGGGAGAGGGAACUCCAGUCAUUAAGAAAAGGCAGCUGUUAGUAAUGGAAGAUUUGAUCAUUCGAAACACGGAUAUCUGGGUUUGUGAUGACCGGGAGAACCGUAUGGUGACUUGCCUGCCUGGUGCGAAGGUUGUGGAUUUCUCAAGGCAUCUAGAUAGAUUUAUGUGUAGUGCUGAGGAGGAGCCAAUGGUCAUGGUACAUGUAGAUACCAGUGACAUAGGGAAGGGUGGGUGAGACGUCCUGGAUGCCAAAUUUAAUCUGCUAGGAAAGAGACUGAAAUCCAGGACGUUUAUGGUAGCAUUCUCAGAAAUGCUCCCAGUUCCACACACAGGGCCAGGCAGGCAGGCAGAGCUUCAGAGUCUCAAUGUGUGGAGGAGAUGAUGGUGUAGAGAGAUGGGGUUUAGAUUUAUUAGGAACUGGGGAAACUUUGAGGAUGAGGGAGUCUAUACAGGAAGGAUGGGCUCCACCUAAACCAAAGUGGAUCCAGACUGCUGGCACUUAACAUUAAAAAGGUUGCAGAGCAGUUUUUAAACUAAGAGAUGGGGGAAAGCCAAUGGCUGCAGAGGAGCCCGUGGAUCAGACAGAGACUUCUCUUAGAGGAGAGUGCAAUGAUAGAGAUUUUUCUAGUUUUAGUCAGGAAGAGAGGCUGGAAGAGGAUAAAGUAGGGGCCAGAUCAGACGAGAAGCAUUCACACACACAAGAAUCUAACAGAUCAGAAAAGGGCAGACAAACAGGGACAAGUUUUUAAAGUGCUUGUACACAAAUGCUAGAAGUGUAAAUCAUAAGAUGGAUGAAUUAGAGUGCCUCGUGUUAAAAGAGGCUGUUGACAUAAUUGGCAUCACAGAAACCUGGUGGAGUGAGGACAAUCAAUGGAACACAAUCAUUCCAGGGUACAAAAUAUAUCGGAAGGACAGAGCAGGUCAUACUCUGGGGGUGAGGAGGGGAGUGGCACUGUAUGUUAAAGAAAAUGUAGACUCAAUUGAAGUAAAAAUCUUAAAUGAAAUCGCAUGUUCCAUAGAAUUUCUAUGGAUAGUAAUUCCAUGCUCUAAUAAGAAUAUAACAAUAGGGAUCUAUUAUUGACCAUCUGUCAAAGACAGUGAUAGGAUGAAAUGCGAAGGGAAAUUAGAAAGGCUAUCAAAAUAAAGAACUCCAUAAUAGUGGGAGAUUUCAAUUAUCCCCAUAUUGACUGGGUCCAUGUCAGCUCAGGACAAAAUGCAGAGACAAAAUUUCUCGAUACUUGAAAUGACUGUUUCUUGGAGCAGCUGGUACAAGAACCUGCAAGGGGAGAAGCAACUCUCCAUUUAGUCCUAAGUGGAGCGCAGGAUCUUGUCCAAGAGGUAACUAUAACAGGACCACUUGGAAAUAGUGAUCAUAAUCUAACAAAAUUUAAUAUUCCUGUGGUGGGAAGGACAGCUCAACACUGUGGCAUUUAAUUUCAGAAAGGAAAACUGUGCAAAAAUGAGGGGAUUAGUUAAACAGAAAUUAAAAGGUACAGUGACUAGAGUGAAAUCCCUGCAAGCUGCAUGGACGCUUUUCAAAGACACAAUAUUAGAGGCCCGACUUAAAUGUAUACCCUAAAUUAAAAAACACAGCAAAAGAACUAAAAAGAGCCACUGUGGCUUGGCUUAACCAUGUAAAAGAAGCAGUGAGAGAUAAAAAGGCAUCUUUUUAAAAGUGGAAGUCAAAUCCUAGUGAGGUGUAUAUAGAAGGGAGCAUAAGUACUGCCAAAUUAAGUGUAAAAAUGUAAUAAGAAAAGCCAAAAAGGAGUUUGAGGAACAGCUAGUCAAAGACUCAGAAGGUAAUAACAAAAUGUUUAAGUACAUCAAAGGCAGGAAGCUUGCUAAACAACCAGUGGGGCCCCUGGACGAUUGAGAUACAAAAUGAGCCCUUAAAGACAAUAAAGUCAUUGCGGAGAAACUAAAUGCAUUCUUUGCUUCAGUCUUCAUGGCUGAGGAUGUUAGGGAAAUUCCCAAACCUUUUGUGGGUGACAAAUCUGAGGAAUUUCCACAGAGUGAAGUGUCACUAGAGGAGGUUUUGGAACUAAUUGAUAAACUUAAGUGUAACAAGUCACCGGAACCAGAUGGUAUUUACCCAAGAGUUCUGAAGGAACUCAAAUGUGAAAUUGGGGAACUAUGAGCUAUGGUUUGUAACGUGUCCUUUAAAUCAGCUUCUGUACCCAGUGACUGGAAGAUUGCUAAUGUAAUGCCAAUAUUUAAAAAGGGCUCUAGAGGCGAUCCUGGCAAUUACAGACUGGUAAGUCUAACGUCUGUGCGAGGCAAAUUAGUUGAAACAAUAAUAAAGAAAAAAAUUGUCAGGCACUUACAAGAACAAAAAUUGUUGGGCAAAAGUCAACAUGGUUUCUGUAAAGGGAAAUCAUGUCUUACUAGUCUAUUAGAGUUCUCUGAAGGUGUCAACAAACAAGUGGACAAGGGGGAUCCAGUGGACAUAGUGUACUUAGAUUUCCAGAAAGCCUUUGACAAGGUCUCUCACCAAAGGCUCUUACAUAAAUUAAGUUAUCAUGAGAUAAGAGGGAAGAUCUUUUCAUGAAUUGAGAACUAGUUAAAAGACAGGGAACAAAGGGUAGGAAUAAGUGGUAAAUUUUCAGAAUGAAGAGGAGUAACUAGUGGUGUUCCCCGAGGGUCAGUCCUAGGACCAAUCCUAUUCAACUUAUUCAUAAAUGAUCUGGAUAAAGGGGUAAACAGUGAGGUGGCAAAGUUUGCAGAUGAUACUAAACUGUUCAAGAUAGUUAAGACCAAAGCAGACUGCGAAGAACUUCAAAAAGAUCUCACAAAACUAAGUGAUUGGGCAACAAAAUGGCAAAUGAAAUGUAAUGUGGAUAAAUGUACUGUGGCAAGGCACCUUCUCAAUCUCCUCAGUCUCUGCUGCUUUUAGCCCUGGUAAGACAGGCUCAGGUAAUGCAGUCCCCCAUGGGACACAGGGGAAGUUUGUUCCCCGUAUCUCCACCAGUCCUGGUUAGCGAAUUCUAACCCCCAUGUGGGAGAAAGUACUGCCUCUCCUGGAGGGUCUCACUGUUUUGCUACUCCUGGCAGCAGGGCUUCUUCUCUCUCUGCUCUCCCCCAUUCCUUCCACAGGGAAGGGUUUAAAAAGGUCUCAGGCAGCCCCAAGUUUUAAUCAGCUGGUCCCCGUUAACCUCAGGUAGCUCCCCCCUCAGCUGAUUCUAAUUUGUUACCUUGGUAACCUUUCACAGCUGAACCUGAUUGACCUGUGGUUGCCUCUCAGUUGAUAAGGAGGAGGGCCUUUUAACCUUCUGAUACUGAUUCCUACCCCUCCCUUGCAGCUGUCUGCCCUGAGUUUAUCACAGUACAGUAAUGCACAUUGGAAAAAAUAAGCCCAAGUAUAUAUACAAUAUGACGGGAGCUAAUUUUAGCUACAAUGAGUCAGGAAAAAGAUCUUUUUGUCAUUAUGGAUAGUUCUCUGAAGACAUCCAGCAGUGUGCAGCGGAAGUCAAAAAAGCAAACAGGAUAUCAGGAAUUAAUUUAAAAGGGAUAUUCUCUGUAUUAUUGUCUAUCUUGUUGCCCUUAUAUAAAUCAGUGGAAAUAACUAAUUUAGACCCUAUCAUUUUAUAUGUCUAUUUGGGAUUGUUUUCCAAUGGGUUGCAAUAUGUGCCAUCUUGACAUUCAGUACUGCUAAGAUCCUGUAUUCAGUAAUAUCCCUGCCCUUCCUGUUCUCUUUCUCCACUGAGCCCCACGCUUAUGUUCCCAGCUUCCCUGGGACUCUCUCUUUGUCUUUGGACCUCUCUGUCAGCAAGAAGCAGUGCCAGGGAGACUUGCCCUCUCUCUGAAGACUUCGAUUUCUGGGACGUGGAUUUACUUUCUAUGUGUUUUAGGAGACUUUGAAAUUGAGUGUCUGUGACAUUAAGCACAGUACAAUCUGGACUGUUGAACAGCUGUGUCCCCUCAGUUCCCCAGGCUGGGGUGCCUUUUACACUGCUUUACUGUGAGAGCAGCCACUCCUGGGCAGUUAACACGCAAUCUCCAGCAUGUAACUCGCUCCCAGCGACACAGUUUUGAGUGCUGCUAGUCAGUAACUCCCGAAUGACAGUACCCCACAGGAGAACCCCAGAAAAUUCUCUCCUCCCAGACAUCCCCCAGAAAUGUGCAUCUUGUCCUGUCCAGCACACUACUGAACAAUGGGAGCUCAUAUGAAAUCUGUUAUUUCAUCAGUGGAAAAUGACAUGCACGAGCCUGGUUAUUCCAAAUGGAGUGUCCAACACACUUUAAUCCAACCACAGUGGUUAGAUAAAACAAUAAACCAAGAUUGUUAACUACUAAAAAAAAAAAAAAAAAAAGAUUUUCAGUGCCUACAAGUAAUGAGGCAUAAAAGUCAGAAUUGUUUACAAAAGAAAUGCAAGAGAGAACACAAACUAAUGUUUAACUUAACAAGCUAAAACGGAUUUAAAACAAAUGUUUCUCACCAUCUGCUGAGACAGGCUGGCUUUCCUUUCAGCCAGGAAUCCCUCUAGCCUGCCCCUGCUGCCCACAUUCAGUUCUUUAGGAGUUGUCAUGAGCAGAGGGAAAGUGGAGAGAGAGUCUCAUGCAUUUUCCACACCUCUUUUUAUAAUUCAGUCCUUUGUACUAGAAACAAAUUCAGUUCUCAGCUGAGUCAUGGUGACAGGCUGUCAUAGAUAUGAGCUUCAAGUGGUCCCUGUGAUGGAAUGUAAAUGGCUUCUUCACACCUUCCCCCUCCUGGAGAAUGGCUAUUUGACCAGCUGUUUGCCUUGCUGUCUCUGAGGAACUUAGGGUUAGAGUUGCAACUUUUUCAGUAAUAUCAUACUGUAAAAUCUCAUCACUUUACAUACAAUGUUGCUACAUGUUUUAAGGAGGAUAUUCAGUAGAUUGUGUCUUUUCAAAUGUUACCUCACAAGCCAUAGAGUGAUAAAUGAAGGGGAGGGGAAGGAUCUCCCUUUUAUAAACGCCCAACCAGCCAGAUUGCUGUAAAAUCCUUGUUGGUAUGAUUUCUCUGCUUGCUUUACCUGUAAAGGGUUAACAAGCCCACAGGUAAAAGAAAAGGAGUGGGCUCCUGACCAAAAGAGCCAAUGGAAAGGCUAGAACUUUUUUAAAUGGGACAGUAACUUUCCCUUUGUCUGUUGUUCUCCAGAGAAGGGAGGCGAUACGGAGUAGCAAUGCUGUGUAUGGCUUGAAGCAGGUUUGAAAAUUCAUCUUCCAUACCUAGAAGAAAUGAUUUGGACAGGAAAUGUUUAGACAGACACAAUCAGGUUUAUAUUUUUUUAUUUUGACUUUUGGAGCUCCUCUGUGCUAUCCCAGAUGCUUUUGUUUGCUUCUAAGCUUUAAGCUGAACCCCCGAGAAAGCUAUUUUGGAUGCUUACAAAAAUUGUUUCUUUUAAGAUCUAGCAAAAGCCCAAGUUCCAGAUGUAUUGUUUUCCUUUUCAAUUUUAAUAAAAUUUACCUCUUUUAAGAACAGGAUUGGAUUUUGGGUGUAUGCAUGUUGUUUGGGCAAGAAGUUUGUGCAUGUUGUUUGAUUAUCUAGUAGCCACAGCUAAUUUCCUUUGUUUUCUUUCUCAGCUCUUGCCCGGAGGGGAGGUGAAAGGGCUUGAGGGUACCCCAGAGGGAAGAAUUCUCAAGUGCUCCUUCCUAGGUCCAAGGGUUUGGGUGUUUUUUGCAUUUGAGUGGUGGCAGCAUUUACCAAGACAAGGGUUUCCAGUUUCCAAACCUCAUAUAAUCUCCCAGCUGGAACAAAGGGCAGAGCCAUGGGUCCCAGACCUCCAGGGUUCAGAGGAAAGCGAGAUCCUGAGAGUUCCCUGCACAGCAGGUGAUGCAAUAAUAUGUGAGAAAGAGGAGCAGAAUUGUCAGCAGGGAAAUGUUGAGCAAGUGGCUAAACACAGAGAAUUAUCGCAAAGAUCGAAAAGGAAUGUGUCCAGGAGUCAUGAGCAGGGAAAAUCCUGUGAGAUUCAGCACAGACCAGAAAGAGAGCAAGGAAACCAGCCAGGGGAGAAAAUGGGUAAAUUUAUUUCCUGUCGGGGAACUCAGAAGAGCGUCAAGGAAACAACAACACAGCAGGAAAUCCUCAUGGGAAAGAGGAAAAAUACAUGCACUGAGUGUGGAAAAACCUUCAGUUGCAGCUCAUCCCUUUCUGUUCAUCAGAGAAUCCACACAGGGGAGAGGCCUUAUGGAUGCUGUCAGUGUGGGAAAACAUUCACUUUCAGAUCAAAUCUUGUUCAUCAUAUGAGAAUCCACACAGGGAAGAGGCCCUAUAAAUGCAGUGAUUGUGGGAAAAGCUUUAUUACCAGCUCAGACCUUUCUAAACAUCAGAGAAUCCACACAGGGGAGAGGCCCUUUGAAUGCAGUGAGUGUGGGAAAACCUUCGCUUUCAGAUCAGUCCUUUCUAAACAUCAGAGAAUCCACACAGGGAAGAGGCCCUAUAAAUGCAGUGAGUGUGGGAAAAGCUUUAUUACCAGCUCAGUCCUUUCUCAACAUCAGAGAAUCCACACAGGGGAGAGGCCUUAUGAAUGCUGUGAGUGUGGGAAAAGCUUUAUUACCAGCUCAGACCUUUCUCAACAUCAGAGAAUCCACACAGGGGAGAGGCCCUAUAAAUGCAGUGAGUGUGGGAAAAGUUUUAUUACCAGCUCAGACCUUUCUAAACAUCAGAGAAUCCACACAGGGAAGAGGCCCUAUAAAUGCAGUGAGUGUGGGAAAAGCUUUAUUACCAGCUCAGUCCUUUCUCAACAUCAGAGAAUCCACACAGGGGAGAGGCCCUAUGAAUGCCGUGAGUGUGGGAAAAGCUUUAUUACCAGCUCAGACCUUUCCCAACAUCAGAGAAUCCACACAGGGGAGAGGCCCUAUGAAUGCCGUGAGUGUGGAAAAAGCUUCUCUAGCAGCUCAGCCCUUUCUCACCAUCAGAGAAUCCACACAGGGGAGAGGCCCUUUGAAUGCAGUGAGUGUGGGAAAACCUUCGCUUUCAGAUCAGUCCUUUCUAAACAUCAGAGAAUCCACACAGGGGAGAGGCCCUAUAAAUGCAGUGAAUGUGGGAAAAGCUUCACUCAGAGCUCUCAACUUACUGAGCAUCAGAGAAUCCACACAGGGGAGAGGCCCUUUGAAUGCAGUGAGUGUGGGAAAACCUUCACUUACAGAUCAGUCCUUUCUAAACAUCAGAGAAUCCACACAGGGGAGAGGCCCUAUAAAUGCCAUGAGUGUGGGAAAAGCUUCACUCGCAGCUCUCACCUUACUGGGCAUCAGAGAAUCCACACUGGGGAGAGGCCCUAUAAAUGCCAUGAGUGUGGGGAAAGCUUCACUCGCAGCUCUCACCUUAGUGGGCAUCAGAGAAUCCACACAGGGGAGAGGCCCUAUAAAUGCGGUAAGUGUGGGAAAACCUUCAUUCACCGCCAGGAGCUUAUUAGCCAUCAGAGAAUCCACACAGGUAUGAGACCCAAUGGAAGCAGUGAGUGUGGGAAAACCUUGUCUUGCCACUGAGCCCAUGUGAGCCAUCAGAGAAUCUGCAAGGGGGAUCAACACCAUAAAACCCUCUAGGGCUAUCAAUACUUGAAUAGUUUCCUGAUUGCCACAUAGUAACUUUUAAAAGCUGUUUGAAGCACCAUUAUCCCUCAGCUUGUCCAGAUGAGUGAGUGGCCCAUUUUUGCAUUUUGCAGUUUGACCUCUUUGAGGUGGACUCAUUUGUCCUUUCUAUCAACUCCAUUCUCCCGUUAGUAAUUCUAGUGUACCCUUCCUAUCAGAAACCAGGGAGCAUCACAUUUAUACCAUUCCUCCUAUUGCAAAGUUAUUGUUAGUCACCAGUGAUACAGAUUGUAUCAUGGCCAAUUGUUCUCAUGUUGUGUUGAAGAGCAGUUAUAAUGGGAACUUUUCAUAUUGCAUUUAAAUGAAGAGGAACGGGGGCAGGAAAAAAGUGUCAUUUCAGCCUCUGUGAUACUGGAAGGAGAUGUAAAAAGCGACAAAGAGUCCUGCAUCACCUUAUAGACUAAAAUAUGUAUUAGAGCAUAAGCAAUAUACAAAAACCUAUAGAAGAACACAUCAAUCUCCCUGGACACACAAUAGCAGACUUAAAAGGAGCCAUCCUGCAGCAAAAAUACUUCAGGGCCAGACUUCAAAGAGAAACUGCUGAGCUUCAGUUCAUUUGCAAAUUUGACAC